AUGACUGCCUUCGACUUGAGUGACGUUGCAGCCGCCCUCCGCACAGCACGCGCUGAGGCAACACCCAUCGAUCCACCAACAAAGACCUGGCCCAGUCUCGACGCCGACGGUGGAUUCAAAGUCCAAGAAAUUAACUCCGAAUAUGCAGUCAAGAAUGGCGAUCGCCUGGUCGGCUACAAGCUUGGAAACAUCGCGAAAGUGAUGCAAGCUGCUUUCGGUCUCGACCACCCCGAUUAUGGAUUCCUGCACGCAAGCUCCUUCAUGUACGAAGGCACCGCCAUUCCUCGGAGCAAGUUCAUCAAGCCAUAUGUUGAAUUGGAACCUGCCUUCGUUCUCCGGAGCUCCUUGAAAGGUCCUAAUAUCACGGUGGCGGAUGUCAUCAACGCCAUUGACUAUGCGAUCCCUGCUAUUGAGAUUAUCGACUCCCGUGUCAAAAACUGGGCCAUUGACCUUCCCGAUACACUGGCCGACAACGGGUCAACGGGAGCUAUCAUUCUUGGUGGAACUCCUCGCAAGCUUACCGAUCUCACACUGAGCAACACCAGAGGCUCUUUGAAGUUCAAUGGCGAGGAGGUGAUGACUGGCAACACAAAGAAUGUUCUUGGAAACCCUUUGGCGGCUGUCGCAUGGCUCGUGAACCGUUUGGCCGAAUAUGAUAUCGAGUUCAAAGCCGGCCAGGUCAUUAUGCCGGGAAGCUGUUUGGAGGCAGUACCAAUGGAGAAGCUCGGUCAUUGGUCUUGUACAUUUGAAGGCUGGGGUACAAUUGAGUUCGAAGUUGUGUAA